UCUCCCUUCUCCUAAAUCAUUGAAGCUCCAACAUGUUUAUUUAUCUAUUUACUUAGAGUCACUCUUUCACACUCACAUUCACUUAGCAUUCAGCUACUCUGUUUCUUCUUUCUUCUUUCUUCUCUUCCUCUGCUUUAACCCUGUUUCUUCUUUCUUUCUCUGAAUCCAAGAAUGUAUGCAGAAACCGGCCUUCUCUUACCACACAUGCAGAACUUCUCUAAUCACGACCUUCAUCAACUCGACGAGUACUGCAACACCUUCAAGUCUAAUGCUUCAUUGAGUGAUCCUGUUCAAUCUUCUGUCAUGUCGGAGUAUGAUUUGGCAGCAGAGGGUGAUCUGUUCAAAGCCCCGGAACCUGUUUUUGAAGAGUCAUUCAUGAACCUGGAUCCUGUGACAGCAGCCAUCUCAAUGAUAUCUUGUGGGGAAGAUGUCUCCUCACAGGGACUAAAAUCUGCUGAUAUUGAUGUUCUUCAAAAGGAACAGCUUCUGAGUGAUGUGUUUUAUGAGUGUGAAAAGGAUCUCUUAGAAAAGGCAGCAAUAGACUUGCCGUUCUCCGAUAUUCUGGAAAUCAAAGUUCCUGUUCUUAACACAGAGGAGAACUCAAUUGAAGAAAAGAAACAAUUUCUAGACAUGCCACCAUUACCAAAGAGUGUCAGUUCAGGAAGUUUGAGCUCAAUGGACUGGAUGCAUGGAGCUACAAUGAAGCCUGCUUUCCUCGAUGUCCCAGGAAUAGAUUUCGAUGAAGUUUAUGGCAUGAGGAGAUCAUUUAGUGAGGGAGAUAUAAAGACUUUAGGUAAUGGCAAUCUGAACAUAGUCCAGUCUCCCCACGAGAGGCGUUUGCUUAUCGGCAGUAGCAUCAAAGAGGAACGCCAAGAGAAGCUAUCCAGAUACAGGAAUAAGAAGACAAAGAGGAAUUUUGGAAGGAAAAUCAAGUAUGCUUGCAGGAAGGCUCUUGCUGACAGCCAGCCUAGAAUCCGUGGAAGAUUUGCGAAGACCGAAGAAUAUGAUACCAAGAGGCAAUGAUUUUCAACUCGUUCAGUAGGAAGAAAGUAGAGCCAAGCUAAUGCAUCUGAUGAAGCUUAUAUGGAAGAUCUAGGAGCAAUAUGUGCCUAGAAAUUAAAUAUAAAUGGUGGAUUCUGUAAACUAGACACAUAUUGGCAAUAAACAAAGAACUCAAGCUCUAGUGUAAAAGAAAAAUGAAAGAAAGAAGAAAAAGGAAUGUAGCUCCUUACUCCUUAGGAUAGUUCAUCUCUUAUCUGCUGUAAUAAUGUUCUCUGUUGAUGGAAAUGGUCUUCUAAAUAUGUAAAUAGGUUUGUCCAAUAAAAGAAGGAAAAAGAAAAAAUGUACUAUAUGUGAUGAUGGAAUGGCAAUGUUUAGUUCUGUUAGUUA